AUGACCCACGACGGACCCAACAGCCAGGAAGCCCGUCACUUCACGGAGGGCGACCUGAAUAUCUCUCGCUACAAUGACGCCGUCGCUGCCGCCGGUGACCGGGACCCCGCCAUGCGCUACGGUCUUGAAGGUGCCACGAUGCUCCCAGGACGUGCCCGGGCCGGCUUCGAGAGUGUGGCCGCAGGCUGGCAGAACUUCUACCUCGCAACCGAGAACCACAACGAACACGCCGAAGGUCUGGGCGAUCUGCACGCCGGACAGCUGCACCGGCUGAAUCGGGCUGUGCGUGGGGAGGGUCCUGGCGGUGGCCGCAUCGUUGCGGUUGCCUCCAAGGCCCCGUCAAAGCGCCCUGCCGCCGCGUUUCUCGGAGCCGCUAAAUCUGCUCGGCGUGAUUGGGAUGCCAGAAUGCUGGCUGUUUCGGGCGUGUCGGCGCGUCGUGCUGCUCCUGCCCCCAUUCCUGUCGCUGCUCCGAUCACUGUUGCUGCCCCUGUUCCGUCCCCUGUCAGUCGCCCCGUGGUCGUUUCGGCGCCGGCAAAGCCGAAGGAGAAGCCUGCCGAACCGAAGGCUCCUGCCAAGAAGGCCCUCGGCGGGCUCAUGCAGAGCAAGUGGGCGAACUGAGUGUGGGAUUCAAGACCUGUAGAUAGUGGUUCUGCAUACUGCUUGGAUGCCUUGAAAGGCUCCUAAAGGGUUGACACGCUGGCAACGGUCAUAUAAAAUAGUUCGGGAUUCGGGUUUCUCUUCAAUGAAUGCAGAUCUCCACUUCAAAUUUAACUCUCUUGAUUGUGACGUUGUGUAUAUAGAAAAUAACCUGAGG